AUGCCUUCCUCGUUACGCUCCCCUUCAUCCACGUCCGCCUCAUCCUCGUCGACCAGCGGACAACUGCCCUCUACCGCGGGAGGGUCCCAUCGAAGCUCCAAGAGCAGCAGUUGGAGGUCCGAGUACUUGCCCCUCCCCCGGGACAAGGGGCUGUCUCUGAGGUUCGUCGCCUAUGCCGCGGGAGCUUCGCUGCCGACGACAGUCAAGAAGAUGACGAGGCUAGAGAAGAAGAAUAAGGACGGACAGGACAGUGGUAGUGGUAGUGGCGGUGGUGAUGUCCCCCGCUGGGACUUUUUCGGCCGCGACACGCAGCUGUUCUGGGUCGUCGUGCCCGAGGACAGGCGGCAGAAGAAGCGCGGCCGGAGCAGGACCUCGAGGGAGAGGACGCAGCAGAGGAGUCGGUCUGCGGCUUCGUCCCAGGCAGCGGCGGUGCCCGAGGUCAACCACGUUCCCCCUGAGAUUUCGUCGUCUCGAGGACCGCCGUGGAUGGGGGGGUCGACAGCGGGUAUCGUGCCUCCUCAGACUGGGGGUGCUCCGGUGUAUGGGCAGCCGAAGCCUGUUGGCUUUCCGUUUGGCAUUCCGCCGGUGGUGGCUUUGCCUGGGGGGAGUUCUAUGCCGUCGUUUGGGAGGAAGCAGACUUGUUGA